UUUGAGUUGAUUUGAACAGACCCCGGUACUUUUGGAGAGUACAGCAAUGGCAUUUUGCACCGAGUCAAAUUAGUGAUUGUAACUGCGGCGAAGCAGCUUCCGACAAUCGAUGCAAAGUUCAGGAUAUCCACUUCACACGGACAUUGAUGGCCCAGACUGGCGAUCGAACCCUCCAUAACGAAGUUGCUUGCUGCUUUGUCCUGCAUCAUCACCAGAAAUCUGCAGGAGACAUGUGUAUCAACUUGUCGGUGCCUCGCAGGUCUAGCGCAAGUCCGCUUAUACGCGCCGCAGGAACGUCUGAAUUCAAAAUUUAAAGAAUGGAGACAUUCGGCGCUCUUAAUAAAUAAAACUCGUCGCAAUUCCUCGACGCGAAGUCGAGAAAUGGUAUUAUUGAAGUAUUCUUGGCAGAAUAGUGUAGCGACACUUUC